AUGCUUCCCAACGAGACCCUCUCCGCCAUCUUCCACGAGCUCCCGCCCUCGUCCCUCGCUGCCGCUGCCCGCGCCUCUGUCCGCUUCAACGCAGUCGCAGAGCGCAUCCUCUACUCGUCAAUAUACAUCCACGACCUCCUCCUCCCUCUCCGCACGCUCAAAUGGUGCGCUGCAAUGCGCACGCGCCCCCAUCUCUUCGAGUCCGUCAAGCGCCUCCAUAUCCGAUGGCAGCACGCGCCGCCCGAUCCCGCCUCCUCCUCGUCCUCCGUCGCGCCUCCCGGCCCAUCCACCGCCGCCAUCGGCCCUGAGCACAGCCGCUACUGGAUCCACGCGUGCGAGCAGCUCGCCCUCGUCCUGCCCCUCCUCACCGAGCUCGAGUCCCUCGACCUCUUCCUCGGCCCAGCCAAUCUCGCACCAUACCCCGCCUAUGACGACAUCGACCCCGACGCGGACACGGAGAAAAUCCACGCGAUCGAGCGCGUCGUGCGCGGAUGCUCCUUCCCCCAUCUGCGCGCGUGCACAUUAGGCGCGGACAGCGCCAAGGGCGCCCAGCCGUACACCCGCGUCCUCGUCGACUUCCUCGGCGCCCUCCCCGCGCUGCGCCACCUCCGCCUCUCCGAUCUCGCGUCCCACCACCAUCAAUACGAGUACGACUACGCGCCGCCCCAUCUCCAGUUCGCACACACAACCCUAGGCGCCGGCGGCGGGGGCGGUCCGCCGAACUACUACGCCGCGCGCACGGCACGGCUCGACAGUCUCCCUUCCACCGCGCUACCUCUUCUCACAUCGUUCCGCGGCUCCGCCGACGCAGCCGCUGCGCUCCUCCCCGGGCGGCCAGUCCAGUUCCUCGCGCUCGUAGGGCAAGAUUCAGACGUGACGCGCGAGAACCUGCCGCGGCUCACGCAGACGUCGCUGCCGCUCAGGUACCUCGAUCUCUCGGCGAUGAGCGUGCGCCCGGUGCUGCUGAGGAACGUGUCGGCGUGGCUGCCCACCGUCGAGACGCUCCGUGUGAAGCUUGCGUUGCGCCAUACGCUGCAUUAUUCGUUCUCUGGGAUCCGCAUCCUCGCCGGCCUCUCCGCCGUCCUCGCCGCCUUCCCGCACCUCACCCACCUCGACCUCUCGCCGACCGGCAUCGACGGCGUAGGCCGCGCCGACGCGCGCGAGGAGCACGCGGUGUGCACGGAGUGGGCGCGCGCGUGUCCGACGCUGCGCCGGGUCGUGUUUCCGUCGGGGACGGAGUGGGUGUGGGUGGGUGCGGGUGGGGGGGUUGGUGCGGGUGCGGGUGGGGCAGGCGGGGCGGGUGGGGGGGUUGGUGUGGGUGAAGGUGGGGUGGAAGGAGGAGGAGGAGGAGAGGGUGGAGGAGAGGGUGAUGGCGAUGGCGAUGCUCUAGCGACAACGAUGGCGAUGGGCGGGUGGAUGCAGGUCGGCGCGGGGCAGUGA